AUGACGCAGGGUCCGGGCGGGCGCGCGCCCCCGGCGCCCCCCGAGCCCGAGGCGCCCACCACCUUCUGCGCGCUGCUGCCCCGAAUGCCGCAGUGGAAGUUCGCGGCCCCGGGCGGCUUCCUGGGUCGCGGCCCGGCGGCGGCGCGGGCGGCUGGGGCCUCGGGGGGCGCGGACCCCCAGUCCGAGCCGGCGAGCCCGGGGGGCGUCCCGGCGCUGGCGGCCGCUGUCCUGGGCGCCUGCGAGCCCCGCUGUGCGGCGCCCUGUCCCCUGCCCGCGCUCAGCCGCUGUCGGGGCGCGGCCGGGGCCGCGGGCGCGCGGGGGCGCCGGUCCGGGGACGCCGCCGCCGGCGAGUGGAUCCGGAAGGGCAGCUUCAUCCACAAGCCCGCGCACGGCUGGCUACACCCCGACGCCAGGGCUGGGCCUGGGGUCUCCUACGUCGUGCGGUACAUGGGCUGCAUCGAGGUCCUCCGCUCCAUGCGCUCCCUGGACUUUAACACACGCACGCAGGUGACCAGGGAAGCCAUCAACCGGCUCCACGAGGCCGUGCCUGGCGUCCGGGGAUCCUGGAAGAAAAAGGCCCCCAACAAGGCCCUGGCAUCCGUCCUGGGCAAGAGCAACCUUCGCUUCGCCGGCAUGAGCAUCUCCAUCCACAUCUCCACCGACGGCCUCAGCCUCUCCGUGCCCGCCACGCGCCAGGUCAUCGCAAACCACCACAUGCCAUCCAUCUCCUUCGCAUCGGGCGGAGACACGGACAUGACGGAUUACGUGGCCUACGUCGCCAAGGACCCCAUCAACCAGAGAGCCUGCCACAUCCUGGAGUGCUGUGAGGGCCUGGCCCAGAGCGUCAUCAGCACCGUUGGCCAAGCCUUCGAGCUGCGCUUCAAGCAGUACCUGCACAGCCCACCCAAGGUGGCACUGCCCCCAGAAAGGCUGGCGGGGCCAGAGGAGUCGGCCUGGGGGGACGAGGAGGAGGCUGUGGAGCACAGUUACUACAACAGCGUCCCGGGGAAGGAGCCGCCGCCGGGCGGGCUGGUGGACUCCCGGCUGGCCCUGACACAGCCCUGCGCCCUCACGGUCCUCGGCCAGGGUCCAUCUGCUUCUCUAAGAGAUGCCCGCAGCCUGCCAUGGGACGUGGGGUCCACGGGUGCAGGUAGGAUGGGCUCGGGCUGCAAGGGGUGCCCACGAGGAUGCUGGGGCGCCUCAGCUCUGUCCCGCGCUGCCUGCCCCUCAGUCUUUCUCCUCUCUGCUUAUUUCACAUUCACCUACGAUGUUGUCUUGCUCCUCACAGACCAGGAGCUGGAGGAAUUUGAGGCCGCUCAAGCCACAGCCCGCCGCACGCACGGGGCUGGGCGGAGCGUGAGUCUGAUACACUGGGUGCUCGGUCAGUGCAGGCCGACCAGUUCACGGGGGGCUCCCCGGGGAACCCGUUUCUCCCAGCUCUGGUCCCGGCCCCUGCCUGCCCAGCACUGCUGUCCCUGGCCUGCAGGACCCUUCGAGGAUGCCCUGAAGCUGCAUGAGUGCUCAGUGGCCGCAGGUAUGACAGCAGCCCCCCUUCCCUUGGAGGACCAGUGGCCCAGCCCCCCUACCCGCCGGGCCCCUGUGGCCCCCACAGAGGAACAGCUGCGCCAGGAGCCCUGGUACCACGGCCGGAUGAGCCGUCGGGCGGCAGAGAGGAUGCUUCGAGCUGACGGGGACUUCCUCGUGCGAGACAGCGUCACCAACCCCGGGCAGUACGUCCUCACCGGCAUGCACGCCGGGCAGCCCAAGCACCUGCUGCUGGUGGACCCCGAGGGCGUGGUGCGGACGAAGGACGUGCUGUUUGAGAGCAUCAGCCACCUGAUCGACCACCACCUGCAGAACGGGCAGCCCAUCGUGGCCGCCGAGAGCGAGCUGCACCUGCGCGGCGUCGUCUCACGGGAGCCCUGAGCCAGGUGACCGUGCUCAGCCCCGGCUCCUGCCUGUCGUGGCCUUGGGGCGCUCAGCCCUCCUCCUGGAUCCUGGUCAGGCCGAACCGCCGCUGCCUCUCCUUCCUUCGCAUGAGCCUCUGGCAUGGUCCUCCCUCCAGCCGGCCCGGGCUGGGCAGAGCCUCCUCCUGCCGGGACCCCUGCCCACCCCCUCCUUUGCCUGGAGUGAGGGUGUUCAUACCAAAGACAGAACCAUUUCGCCUUUAAAGAAAGUAUAUCCAGAAGCCGCCGCUGCCUGGGAGCCCUGGCCUGUGGGUCCCCCUCUCGCCCGGCUGGUUCGGUCUCACGCCCGGGAGAGUCAGGGCUCCCGGGACCCUGGGGAGGAGGCGGAUCCCGGGCCUGGCUGGGCUUACUUUUCCCACCUGAGGAACUGGGUGCACGGUUGUCUUUGAUGGGGGACAGUUAAGGUGCUUUGGGGUUCUCAGGCCAGGACACAUGCUGGCGUUGGAAGUGGAGGCAGCCUUGAGGUGACCUGGGAUUCCGGGGCAGCCAGGCCGCUCCAAGACAGUGGAUACUGUGAGGCCCCGACACUUGGGAGCAGGGGAAGGAUGUGGCUGCCCGGCCUGGGCUGUGCCCACCAGCUUCCGCCCAACCCCGCCCUCCCAGCUGUGGAUCUAGACCAGAUGUUCGGAUCGGUUUGUCAUUAAACCUGGGAACGGCCACAAGAGCAC